GGGCCCGCCGCCUCGCCCCCGGCCUUUCCUCCCGGCCGGGGCCACUGAGGAGGGAGGACCCGCACGUCGGCCUGCCUGGCAGCGGGCACCAGUGAAAUCCCACUCUCUGGCUGGAGACACAAAUGGCCUCAAAUGAGAGAGAUGCUAUAUCGUGGUAUCAAAAGAAGAUUGGAGCAUAUGAUCAGCAGAUAUGGGAAAAGUCAAUCGAACAAACUCAGAUUAAGGGCUUCAAAAACAAACCAAAAAAGAUGGGUCAUAUAAAGCCAGACUUGAUUGAUGUUGACUUAAUCAGAGGCUCAACAUUUGCCAAAGCCAAACCUGAAAUUCCGUGGACAUCUCUGACUCGGAAGGGGCUCGUUCGAGUUGUGUUUUUUCCAUUGUUCAGCAGCUGGUGGAUCCAGGUUACCUCUGUGAGAAUCUUUGUCUGGCUGCUACUGCUUUACCUCAUGCAAGUUAUAGCGAUCGUGUUGUAUCUUAUGAUGCCUCUCGUGAACGUCAGUGAAGUACUUGGACCCUUGUGCCUUAUGCUCCUCAUGGGGACUGUGCACUGUCAGAUUGUGUCUACUCAGAUCACAAGGCCAUCGGGAAACAAUGGCAGUCGGAGGAGGAGAAAAUUACGAAAAACUGUAAAUGGUGAUGGGAUCCGAGAAAAUGGAAGUAAUAACUCCUCUGAUAAAAUCAGAGGAGUAGAAACUUUGGAAUCUGAACCCAUUAUUGGUGGUUUUUGGGGGACUCUCUUUGGCAACAGGAUUAAAAAGGUAAAGUUACUAUCUAACAAAGGGACUGAAACUGACAAUGAGUCAAGUUGUCUCCAUCCUAUCAUGAAGAAGAGGCCCUGUCGACCAGAUUUUAGAAUGUGGCAAACAAGAGAGAAAGCGAAAUUUUCGGAUGGAGAAAAGUGUCGUAGGGAGGCUUACAGGCGUUUGGGUAAUGGGGUUUCAGAUGACCUGUCCAGUGAGGAGGAUGGCGAGGCCCGGACACAGAUGAUACUGUUGCGAAGGAGUGUGGAAGGGGCCUCAAGUGACAACAGCUGUGAAGUGAAGAACAGAAAAUCGAUACUUUCAAGGCACCUAAACUCUCAGGUAAAGAAGACCACUACAAAGUGGAGUCAUAUCGUACGGGAUUCAGAUAGUGUGGCUGAAUCGGAAUUUGAGUCAGCAGCCUUCAGCCAGGGCUCUAGAUCUGGCACGAGUGGUGGCUCUCGAAGCCUCAACCUGUCAAGAAGAGACUCAGAAAGCACCCGCCAUGACUCAGAGACUGAGGAUAUGCUGUGGGAUGACCUGCUGCACGGCCCCGAGUGCCGGUCCUCUGUCACCAGCGACAGCGAGGGGACCCGUGUGAACACCCUGCACUCAGGGACCAAACGUGACCCCAAAGAAGACGUUUUUCAGCAGAACCAUUUAUUCUGGCUUCAGAACUCAAGUCCUGCCUCUGAUCGAGUUAGUGCAAUAAUCUGGGAAGGAAAUGAAUGCAAAAAGAUGGACAUGUCUGUGUUGGAAAUAAGUGGUAUCAUCAUGAGCAGGGUCAAUGCGUAUCAGCAAGGAGUAGGUUAUCAGAUGCUGGGAAAUGUCGUCACCAUCGGAUUAGCAUUUUUUCCUUUUUUGCAUCGACUGUUCCGGGAGAAGAGCUUUGACCAACUAAAGUCCAUCUCUGCUGAGGAGAUCUUGACUCUCUUUUGUGGGGCCCCACCUGUUACACCCAUUAUUAUUUUGUCUAUAAUUAAUUUUUUUGAGAGAUUGUGUCUUACUUGGAUGUUUUUUUUUAUGAUGUGUGUGGCAGAGAGAACGUAUAAACAGAGAUUUUUAUUUGCAAAACUCUUCAGUCAUAUUACUUCUGCCAGAAAAGCAAAGAAAUAUGAAAUACCUCAUUUCAGACUUAAAAAAGUAGAGAAUAUUAAAAUUUGGCUAUCACUGCGUUCCUACCUAAAGAGACGGGGCCCACAGCGCUCAGUCGAUGUGGUUGUAUCUUCAGUCUUCUUGCUGACACUUUCGAUUGCUUUCAUUUGUUGUGCCCAGGUUCUUCAAGGACAUAAAACCUUCCUGAAUGAUGUUUACAACUGGGAGUUUCUGAUCUGGGAAACCGCUUUACUGCUUUUCUUACUGCGCCUGGCCUCUCUGGGGUCUGAAACCAAUAAGAAGUACAGCAAUGUUUCAAUAUUACUUACAGAACAGAUUAAUUUAUAUCUUAAGAUGGAAAAAAAGCCAAAUAAGAAAGAACAGCUCACUCUAGUAAACAAUGUAUUAAAGCUGUCCACCAAGUUGUUAAAAGAGCUGGACACACCAUUUAGACUCUAUGGACUGACAAUGAAUCCCUUAAUCUACAAUAUCACAAGAGUAGUUAUUCUUUCUGCUGUCUCAGGAGUGAUAAGUGAUCUUUUAGGAUUUAAUAUAAGACUGUGGAAAAUUAAGUCAUAAGCUGAGUCCCGUGCCUGGAUUCCCACCCCUGGCUGCAUCAGUGCCGACCGGAAGGACGGAGCUGGCCACAGACCGCGUGAGCCCCGCCUGCGCGGCCCGUGCACAGGUGCUGCCGGCUCCGCCAGAGCGCACGCAGGUGUUUGCAGAGGAACGCGCCCUUUCCCACUGGGGUGUGCAUGCUAAAGCCUGGUUUUCAAACAGUAUGGUAGUAGCAGACUAAAAACUGUGUUACAGGAACACAAGGACAGUUUUCUAAGGAAGCUUAUUCUGGGCACUGUGGUACUGUGACAGUUACAUGUGCUGGAAAUAGUCUUUUUGGGUAAAUAUGGUGGAUGCCCAAAGCAUGAAACAAAUAUCUCUUUACUGAAAAUAUGAAAAUUCAGUACUUUUCUAUUACAGUCUAAGAAAAUUGGCGAUUUCUUUUCUCUAUCAAAGAGAGUCAAACUAUUUUAGGUUGAAUCCAAAUAAAAAAAAAACUUUACCGGAGAGUUUCAGUUUCUAGGCUUUUUUAUUUUGGCUAAAGGGAAAAAAAUCUUUUUUAAGUUGUCAUUUUCUGUUCAGCUGUGGAAAAAUCUUUAAUUAGCUUGAUUUUGAAUUAAUUCUAGUAAGUACAGUUGUUGUGAGUCAUGCAUGUAAUAUCUUCAGUAACUCGCCCAGAGAAAUUUUAAGUAUAUGUCUACUUAAUCUAUGUCCAUCGCAUGACAUAGUUUCCAUGUUAACCAUUUUUUCUGUCAUGCAGCUUAAUGUUGUAUGCAACCCUCGGUACAAUUUCAGGUCCUCAGUGUCUGUAAUUACCCAAGCCAUCCGCCCUUGGGUGAUGCAGGUUCUCUCUCAGCAUCUCCUGUUACAUAAGCGUACAUGUACAUAUGCUAAUGGAAACUCCAGCAUUCUUGCUCAAGUUAAAGCUUUGAAGAACCUCUUGAGGCAAACUGAAAGCCUGAACAUUUUAAUUAUAAGAUUUUGUAAAGCCUGGUUAUUACUUGUAAAGCAUGUAUUCAUUUACCAGUAUAUUAGUAGUAAAUAUUCUAUAUGUAGAAAUAUUUGUGAGGCUUAAAUAUAAAUUUUUAGGGAUAAGGAUUGAGAUCAGAUCUCUGGGUUCAAAUCCUUGGCCUUGCCACGUACUAGCUUCAUAAUCUGGGACAAAUUAACAUCUUUGCAUCUCAGUUUCUUCACCUGUUAGAAAAAGGACAAUAACUACUUAAUAAGGUUGUUAAGGUUGCGAUUAUCCUGUAAGGCACCUAGGACUUAGUAUAAAGUAUUUAGCACUUAGUAAAUCCUCAAUAAACAUUUGCUAUUAUUACUUACAAGUCCCUUAAAAAUCUCAUUGAUAAGAUUCCUAACCAUGAAGAGAGGCAUAGGAAGCGAGACUGCCUGCUGAUCAGAUGGAUCACCAAAAAGUGCAGCUAUUCUAGAUGCUACACAGGAAGUAUACCCUUUUGAAAUAGUAAAAGCUCAUUAUAGUAACGUACCUCUAGAAAGAACUGUUUUGUGGUGGUGUUUCAGUGUCUGAGCACAUGGCUUAUAGAGACCCGGUUUUACUAUUUCCCGUAAGGAACGGUAGCAACUGGCUCAAAUCCAAGAUUGAACUCAGUGCAGAUUUCAGGUGAAGAAAACUGAGGUCUUUGUCUAUUUCUCUUGCCAAAAUAUAAAGCUAUUCUGUUCUAAUCUGCUACUUUUGCACAGUGAAUUCCAGUAGGUACUCUUCUGAGUUCCUUCAGCUAUGAAUGUGCUGGUGUACAGUCUGUUUAAAUAUUUUUCAUCUGGGUAAAAUCCAGUGUAAAUGUAGUCAGUCAUUUCAGAAACUUGGGAAUCACUUGACUCCUUAUUUAUACCUCACAUCCAGUGAAUCACCAAGUCUUUGGACGUCUUCAGAUAUUUUAUAAUCAAUCCACUCCUCUGUCCCCGUUGCCACCACCCGAAAGUGACAUCCUUUGUUUUGUGAACAAGUUUCUGAUGCUUCUGUUCUUACGUAUCUUGGCUUUCCCUCCUUUCCAUGCUGCCUUUUUAACUCCACUGUCCCUUGAUGUUUGUAGAACUAUUCUUGUCAGAAAGGAAAUGUGUCUUAGGUUUUGUCACUUAGACUCCAUUCUGCUAGCUAACUUGUUUUGAAGAUAACCUGGAACCCUUUUAGCAGGGUCGCAUGGCCCGCUCUGCUGAGAAGUAGCUCUGAAGCUUGACAGAGGAAAGUACUUUCCUGGGUGUAAUAGUUAGGUCUGAAGAUGCCGCUGUUUAUUGCUUCCUAGAUUGGGUUCUCGUAAGUUUGCUUCACUGUUACCACUGUUCUUUUUUUCUUUUCCUCCUAAGAUUUUUAUCUUUACCAUGGAAUUUGUGCAAAUUAUAAUGUAUCUUGUGUCUUGGUAUAGUUUUAUCAUGGGCUUUUAUUUUUUUUCUUAUGGUUGAUUAGACUUACUGAAUCUAUGGAGUUGUAAAUUGUAUAUUUUACAUUUUCACUUUGUCAUAUUAGAAAAAACUGACAUUCCUUAAAUAAUUAUUCAUAUUCUGCCCCACUUCCUACUAGAACUUGACUUUACAUAUGUAUUAAGCUGCUUAAAGUUAACCUGCUCACUGAUGCUUGUUUUUCUGGUCUCCUUUUUAACUUGGGAUGGUUUCUUUCGUUGUACCUUUAAGUUCUUUAGCUUAUACUGUUGUACUGAUUUGCAAAUCCUAUCUAAUUUUCAACUGUAAAACUUUGAUUUUAGUCUUCUAAAAAAUAUCUUCCACAUCUCUUCUUAAUGUACUUUUUUCUCUACCUUGUUUCACAUAAUAAAUCUAUUUGUAAUCAAAGUAGUAAACAAGGACAUAAAACCGCUACCUGGGUCACUUGGGGGUUUUUGAUUUCUGGGUCUGAGGCUACAUUUUCCUGAUUUUCCAUGCUGGUAGUUUUGUAUUUAUGGAGUUUACAUUGUUGGCUGUUAGGCCUUGUGUGUCUUCUUUCUGUAAUCAUAAAUGUUCUGAGCUUUAUUUUGGAAUGCAGUUACUACUUGUCCCGGCUUGCUUUUAAGCUUUGUAGCUGGCCCAGAGGCGGCUUCGAUUUGGGGCUAGUUCCGUGCGCUGUGAAGCUGCCCCCUCUGGGUACAGUGUUGUACCUGCUGCUUUUCUCCCCGAGGCUUUUCCUCUUGGCCGCGGGAACAUGGACUGCAGUGUCCCAGCCCUGUGUGAACUUUGUUUUCUGCCGCCUCUGUUCUUGGCUGUGUCCCCCUUUGCUUGUGCCCAUCGGUGCUCAGCUAAGGCUUCCGUGGAGCCCUCUGCGUGUCUCCAGAGCUCUUCUCUCCGUGGAGGGCAUUUUCUGCAGAACCCCGCCCUGCAGGUUCUGCCAGCCGGCCCAAAUGCUCAGUUCUGUCCUUUCCGCUCAGUAAACAGCCUGGUUCUGUUUUGAGCUCUCCCUUUCUACACCACGGCCUAGAAACUACCUCAGGGGCACUCCUGAGGCUGCCUUGUUAACUCCACUGUCCCUUGAUGUUUGUUGCCCAGCAUCUGAUAUCCCUUUUUUAGAAAAUGUUUUUUUCAUUCGUUUUAGUUGUAUUAAGGUGGGAGAGUAAAAGUUUUCCCUACCCUAUUUAAAUGGUAAAAAUUUACCCAAUUGUUAAAGCCAAAGGCUCCGAAGUUUUUUGUUAUUUUUUGCUUUUGGCUUUUUAGAAAGGGUCUCACUGGGUAGUUCAGGCUGCCCUUGAACUGUGCAGUCCUGGCUGGCCUCAAACUUGUGGUGAUCCUCCUGCCUCAGCCUCUGGAGUAUUACACCACAUCUGGCAAUUUUAGCGUAGGUGCCGCUGAAGGGAGCACCGUGCCACCAGGGUAAUGUCAGUUCCGUGUUUCUGUUGCCACUGGGUUAAGCCGCCUUCAGCGAACCCUAAGCUACCUGGACCGUGGUGCUGAGCCACUGCUGUUCCCGUUACUGCCCACUCAGCUGGUUCUGCACAGCCACAUGAACCAUCGGAAAACGUGGAGCCACCCUUCAGCCUCUUGCAUUUCAGCCUUCCUUGGCCUCCGUAGUCUCCUCCACGCCUUCCUCUAUCCAUUUUGCUUCCCUUUCCAACUUUCCCUCCCUCCUGCUUUGCAUCUCACCCUUUGCCUCCCACCGCAGGUUCCCCCAAAGGGAGUUCCCACUGUGGGGCCGCGCAGAAAACGCCUCAGCUCGGCCCGGCCGGCGGCGCUCCUCUCAGCCGUCAGCUCCUUCAGGGAGCUUCUCUGGUGACACGGUUCAUCUGCUGAUUUCCUUCAAACGUGUGCAGGAGGAACAGUCUGCUACCAUUCUUGUGCUUUUUCUGGUACGGUGGAAGAGCUGUCAUUCAGCCACGCUCUCUGCCCCAUUUAUCCCGGGAUAAUCCCCUCUAGGAACCUGUGCUUCUGAUUCCCAGAAAGGGAUGAGAAAUUAAACCAAGAUGUGAAGACAGGGCGAGCUAUUCAUAAUUUAACUGGAAUAGUAGUGACUGUAGAAGUGUAAGUGAAAUAACUACUGACUUAACUUUUUAAUCUACUGUUGGACUGAGGAGAAUUGCCCCUCCUAACAUUGCCAUGGAGGUAUGAUGUGCAAACUUCCGGAAUGUGUAGACUAUGGCCGCUGUGUAGUAUGUUUGAAAAGUUGAAUAAUGAAAUACCUAAUUGGCAUAUGGUUUUCUUGGCUUUCAGGGACAUGUAGGAAAAUAAAUACAAGGGUGUCUCACAAA